AUGGCUUCGAGGACGUCGUUUACCUCAAACGCACUCAAGCGCAAAUCCCGCGCUUCAGACUCGGGAUCCGGAGUGGGAGUGGGAGUAGGAUCUCCAACCUCCAUCAACGCUAACCCCAACGCAAACGCAAACGCCAACACCAACGCAAACCAUGCAAAACCUCCCUCGUCAACUUCGAGUUUAACGUCGACGUCAACGUCGAAGGGGAGUCCCGCUGCAUCUGCAUCGGUAUCUGCGUCAGGAGCAGGGUCUGGGUCUGGGUCAGUGUCAGGAGCAGGGUCUGGGUCUGGGUUAGCGUCGGAUGUAGACGCUGCGCAUGAUGAGCACGCGAGCGCGAGCGCGAAUGUACAGGACAUGGAGAGCCUAGAGGGUGAGGCAGAGGGCGGGAGAGCGAGGAAGAAAGCUAGGAUCGAUGCUCGUGGGGGUGCCGGUUCAGGUGCGGGUGCGGGUGCGGGUGCGGGUGGUGUAGGUGCGGGUGUAGGUGGGGAGGAGGAAAACGGGAUGGACGUCGACCUUGACGUCGACCUCGACGCUGCUGCCGCUGCUGCGGCGCAUGACGCUGAAGGUGCCGGUGCGCGCGUCGGUGCGAGUGGAGAUGAUAUCUCCGACAAGGGAGUGCGCGUGGAUGAUGCGCGCUCGAGCAACACGCCUACGAAGCCCAAGCCCAAGCCCGCGGACGAUGAUGAUGAUAAUGGGAGGACGGCGAACGCAAGCACUUCCACCGCCACCGUGUCCAAGUCAAAAGAAAUCGGAACGGAUGAAGGCGGGGAAAGUGGGAGUGCAGCGGCAGUGGAAGUGGAAGUGGAAAGUGAGAGGCGCAAAGAGGAGAGAGGCAAAGCGCGGAACGACGAUCAAUCCGCGGCUACCAUCACCAGCAGCAGUCGCUCCAAAAACGACAAAUCCGCCUCGUCUAAAGACGACAAAGUUACCACUUCCUUCUCCUCCAAAGACGACCAAGACGACAAACCCAAAGACGACAAAUCCAAACCCAAAUCCAACGACGACGACGAAGCCACAUCCACAUCCAAACCCGACGAAAAAUCCAACGACAGAGACGAAAAAGAAAAAGAAAAAGACGAAUAUAUCGCAGGCCGCGUCACAUGCGAAACAUGCGGUGCGGCCGUCUCGUUCCGCGACACGCGCACGGGCAGUUUUACGGUUAAACAUUGGGAGGCGCAUCGGGGUCUCGCAGCGUCCAACGACCCAGCCGACGCCGAAUCCGCAGACGAGGGCGUCGGCGGGUCGGCCAUCGCUGGUCCCGCUCCACGUACAGGUGUACAUCCAGGUUCACGCGCGCGCGGAGGGUCAUCGGUUGUGUCUGAUGCGCGGGGACAGGGUCACGGGCACGGACACGCACAGGGACAGGGGCAUGGACAUGGACAUGGGCAGGGGCAGGGGGAGAGGGAAAGGGAGAGGGAGGAGUAUCUGGGACGAUACAAUAUCCGGCCGCUUCCCCGUCCGCGCGCGUUCCAUUCCCAAUCCCAAUCCCAAUCCCAAUCUCAGGGCCAUGCGCAGUCGCAAGGCCACGCUCAUGCUCAGGCGCAGGGGCAGGCGCAGGCGCAAAGGCAGAGACAGCAACGCUCGCCCGCGUCGGCGUCGGCGUCGAUGUCGCCUGUAGCUGCACCGUCUCCGUCGUCGUCGACGGGUGUGGGGGCGGGGUACGCGGCUCACCCUUCGUCAGCGCAUUUAUCGGCGCUUGCGCAUACUCACGCGCACGCUUCGCAUCCAUCGCAUGCGCAACCGCUCGCGCACCCUUCAUCCGCGCAUCUCUCGCAUCUCUCGCCGCACCUCUCGCAACACACCCAACACGCGCUCUCCCUCUCCCUCCCCCUCUCGCACGCCCACGCCCAACACCCUCUCUCGCACCCCCUCUCGCAUCCUCUUUCCCAUCCUCACCCUCUCACCCACCCACACCCGCACCCCCAACCGCACCCCCUCCAAAAACGGCGCCGCGCUAAACGCACCGAAGAAGAGCGCAUCGCGCAUCUCCGCUCGGACCCCUACGUCGCCUCCUUCGAAGCGUACCGCGUAUUGUGCGCGAACUGCGAUAAGUGGAUUAGGCUCCGACCGAAUUCGACGUAUUGUAGUAUCCCGUGGGAUGCGCAUCGGAAGAGUUGUUUGGCUAAGAAGAUAUCAAACAAAAACAUCCACGCCCUCGAUACGCGCAACACACUCUUCACCAACGACCCCGACGUGCGCAAAUUCGACCCCGAGCGCGUGCUCUGCGGGCUGUGCGACCGGUGGGUGCCCGUGCCGAGCGACGAUCAUGGCGCGGCGAUCGAUGUGUGGGUGAGGCAUCGCGAGGGGUGUGGUGGUGGUGGUGGUGGUGGGGCGGGGGCGGGUGGUGGAUUCGCGCGCAUCGAGCCGUACCCUCAACCUCAUCACACCCCACACCCACACCCAAACUCUCACCCGCACCCUCAUCCACCGAACCCGACUCAUCCCUCUUCUGCACCCAACAACGGCAACGGCAGCCAGACGCACCCGAAUACGCACGCUUCGACUUCGGGUUCGGGUUCGACUUCGACUUCGACGGGUGCGCCGCCGCCACCGCCACCUUCUGGGUCUGGUUCUGGUUCUGGUUCCGGCUCUGGUUCUGGGUCUGGGUCGCACCCUCCCGCUUCCGCUUCGGGGGAAGGCCCGACGAGACCGGGCAGCGUCAGCGUCAGCGUCAGCGGUGCUGGUGCUGGUGCUAGUGCUGGUGCGCACGCGCAAGGGCGACAGGGGCAGAUCCAGGUCCCGCGCUUUCCUACGCCGCCUUCUGGCUCUGGCUCUGGUGCGGGGGCGGGUGGGCGUGUACAAGCGCAAGGUCUAGCGCAAUCGCAAGCGCGCGGUCAAGGACAGGGGCAGGGGCAGGGGCACAGUCAAAGUCAAGGACAACAAGGCCAGCAAGGACAGCAGGGCCAAAAUAGGAGUUGGCGCGGGUACGGCGUGCCGCUGGCGAAAGGCUGUCCUGGCACAUCAUCUACACCUGGCUCUGCAUCAGCAUCAGUCCCAGCGUCUGGCUCAGCGUCUGCGUCUGGCGCGGGUGCGGGUGCGGGUGCGGGUGCGGGUGCGGGUGCGGGCGCGGGUGCGGGCGCGGGUGCGGGCGCGGGCGCGGGUGCGGGACGUGAGAAGACGCCUAUUGUGAGAUUGCCGCAGAGGCAUAGUUUGCGAAGGGCACAGGAGCAGGCGCAGGCGCAGCAGGCGAAGAUGCGGAUGCGGGUGGGUGGGGAGGGCGAGGGUGGGGAGGUUGGUGAGGGCGAGGGCGAGGGCGAGGGGGUUGGCGAGGGUGAGGGUGGGGAGGAUGGCGAGGGUGAAGUUGACCCCGACGCUGAUGCCGAUGCUGACGCUGACGCCGACGGCGAUGGGGAAGCAGCGCACGACGACCUCCGACGCAGUGUCGACCUCGAAGGCGACCUCGACGGCGAUAUCGACGCGCAACACCACCACCAUCAACAGCAGCAGCAGCACAGUGAUUACACCGCACUGGCACUGUCACUGACGCCCAACACAUACACGCACGCGCCCGGACAGACGCUCGCGCAUGAGAGUCGGCGGAGGAACGCGGAGCAGCGGGCUGCGACGCUUCGAGCUGAUCAGCGAAGUCCAACCCAACCGCGUAUUCUGCAGUCUGUGCAUGAAAUGGGUGCAGCUCCGCCAGGACAGCAGCUAUUCGAACGCCGUCAUGAAAAGAUGACGCAGAUGCAAGCUUCCGCUUCCGCCUCCGCCUCUGCUUCCGCUUCCGCUUCUGUGUCCGGUGCCGCGUCCAGCUCGCGUCGACAAGGACAAGGACAUGGACAUGGACAUGGACAUGGAAAUAUGCAGGGGCAGGGGCAGGGGCAAGCGUCGUUCAACGCCCACACCUACUCCUCCACCCACGCACCCAUCCACGCGCACACACACCCGCCCUCAUCCCACCUCCCACACGCUCAAGCCCAACACACCCAGCCCAAGAAAAAACUCCGACUCACUCCCAAAGAGCAGUAUGAGAUGAUGCUGCAACAACAGCGCGAGCACGAUCUUGAGCUGGAGAUUGGGGAAGAGCAGGAGUAUCGGUUUCAGGUGCAUUUGCAGAGUCAGCAAAGAGAGCAGGGCGGGUAUAAGGCGAAGGUGAAGGCGAAGGCGGGUCGGUAUGGCGCUUCGCGGAUGAUGGAUGUGGAUGGGGAUGGAGAUGGAGAUGGGGACGUUGAUAUGGAGGACGAGGCUGGUACGCGCAUGCGCAUGCGUAUGGGAGGUCGUGCCAGGGAGGAAGUGUCUGAAGAUGAGCAGGAUGGGGAUGGUGAUGGGGAUGGGGAUGGAGAGGAUGAGCGGGAUGAGGAUGAGGAGGAUGAAGGCGAAGACGAGUUGGUUUCUGAUCGCGAGGAUGCUGAGGGCGAGGGCGAUGUGGAAGCGGACGUUGAGAUGACAGAGGGCGACGCCGACGCCGACGGCGAAGCUGAAGCUGAAGCUGAACCCAACGCGGACAAAUCCAACGUCGAGGGCGACGACGCAAACGACGCCGACGCCGACGGUGAUGCAGAUGCAGAUGCGGACGGCGAGCCCGAGGUCGAAGGUGAAGCUGAGGUUGAAGUUGAGGUUGAGGUUGAGGUUGACGCAGAGGGAAACCCUAUCACCCGCGAAACGCCUACAUCUCCAUCUCCCAAGCUUAACAAAGUCGGCAAUUCUACCGCCGGCGGGUCGUCCUCGACGUCGACGUCGGCAUCGACGACGAGGAAGGCGGUGCUUAAGAAGCAAGUUACCGCGAGCUCGAAUACUACUUCUACCUCUACCUCCACGACGAAGAAAGGUAACAGUACGCCGGCUACGGGUAAACCUCAACCUAAACUGAAAGCGAAACACAAAGCAUCCGCACCAGGAUCGCCUGCAUAUUACCACGACCGCGGUAUAAUGGAUACAGCUGAGGACGCAGAGGCGGCGGCGACUGCGGCGGGGUAUAAUGCGAAUGCCCCGCGUGGGCUUUCGCCUCAUUCUCAUCCUCCUCCUCUUCCUGCGUCUGCCGGUGCGGGUGCGGGUGCGGGUGGUUCGCAGCAGGGUCAGGGACAGGGACAGGGACGCAGGAAUUCGAUGUAUGCAAACGCGAGUUCGAACGCGAACCCUCGCAUUCCCAAUCUCAAUCUCAAUCGCAGCGCGACCGCGAGCGUGAGCGUGAUGUUACAAGCGGCCGCGCGCGCGGUGGGUCUUCGUCACACGCUUCAGGACAUGGACAUGCGCAUGGACAUGGAAAUAGUCAUGGUAAUGGGCACGCGUACGCGCGCGAAACGCAUCAACACGCCUAUACACACACACAGGGCCACGCACAGGGAAGCACGCAGGGGAGGUACACACUGGGCCCCGCGUUCCGCACUGCACCGUCCCAUUCGCACUCUCAUUCUCAUUCCCACUCUCAUUCCUACUCUUAUGCGCACGGACAUGGGCAUGGGCAAGGCCAUACAGCGUCGUCCUCCUCGUCCGCUUCGAGACCCGGCUCGCGCUCUGGUGCCGGUAGACGCACACGGACACGGACACGGACAUGGUCAUGCACACAGUCAAGGACACGGAUAUCGAGAUGUACACGCGCACCUUGGUAUCGCGCGUCCGCCGUGGGCUGACGACGAUGAGUAUGACGAUUUCGAGGACGGUGGUGCUGCUGCUGGACCUGGCGCUGGUAUCGGCGCUGGUAUCGGCGCUGGCGGUGGUGAUAGUAUGAGCAUCAGCAUGGGUGUGGGUAUGAAUAUGGGCGUGGGGGUGCACGGUGAGAGCGUUCGAGAUUCUGGUGGUGCUGGGACGGGUGCGGGUGGAGGGAGGAGGCGCGCUGGUGGAAGACGCGGGGAUGCAGGAGCGGGAGGAGGCUGGCCGUUCGCUGUUCCGCCUGGGCUUGCGGAUUUAGAUUCUCCUGCGGGGAGAAACGCGUUCAUAUCCCUCUCCAUCGCCCACCUCCUCAACACAACCUAUGAGCGCACGGACGACCUCACGAUCUCCGCGCUCCUGGCCUACCUCAACGCCGCGAUGCCGCCUGAUAAGCAUGAGGAGUUUGAUACGGGCGAGGUUGCGCGUGCGGUGGGCGGGAUGAGGGAGAGGGGGUUGGUUGGGUUUGAGGGGGAUGUUGUUAGGGCUGUUUGA